AUGCUGGCAGGCGGGCGGACGCGGCGGUGCAGCCCGCGCCAACGUCGGUGCACAGUCACCGCCGCCCGGCCGAGGGAGCAAGAGGAGGAGAUGGGGCUGAGCCCUCUCAGGGUCAGGUUUGAACAGUCUGACUGUGGGUGUCUGAAUGGAGGGACCUGUGUCUCCUACAAGUACUUCUCCGGUAUUCAACGAUGCCACUGCCCAACGAAAUUCCAAGGGGAACACUGUGAGAUAGAUACUUCAAAAACCUGCUACCAAGGGAAUGGUUACUCUUACCGAGGGAAGGCCAACCAGGACAUCUUGGGUCGGCCCUGUCUGGCCUGGGACAUGCCCUCCGUCCUUCGCAAACCAUACAAUGCCCACAUAACCAAUGCCCUUCAGCUGGGCCUGGGAAAACACAAUUACUGCAGAAACCCGGACUACCAGAAGAAGCCUUGGUGCUACGUGCAGGUUGGCCUGAGGCAGGUUGUCCAGGAGUGCCUGGUGCCAGACUGUUCUAUGGGAAAAAGACCUUUCAAUCCUCCUGAAAAAUCAGAUUUUCAGUGUGGCCAGAAGGCUCUGAAGCCCCGCUUUAAGAUUGUCGGAGGAGAAUUCACAACCAUUGAGAAUCAGCCCUGGUUUGCAGCUAUCUACAGGCGCCACAAAGGAGGGUCUGUCACCUAUGUGUGCGGUGGCAGCCUCAUCAGCGCGUGCUGGGUGGUCAGCGCCACACACUGCUUCAUUAACCACCCAGCAAAGGCUGAGGACUACAUUGUCUAUCUGGGCCGGUCACACCUUCACUCUGAAACACCUGGGGAGAUGAAGUUUGAAGUGGAAAAGCUGAUCUUACACAAGGACUACAGCUCCGAAUCACUUGCUUACCACAAUGAUAUUGCCUUGCUGAAGAUCCGUUCCAACAUGGGCCAGUGUGCGCAGCCAUCCAGGACCAUCCAGACCAUCUGCCUGCCCCCACUGUAUGACGACACCCAUGUUGGUGAAGACUGUGAGAUCACUGGCUUCGGAAAAGAGAAUUACAAUGACUACCUCUUUCCAGAGCAGCUGAAAAUGACUGUUGUGAAGAUCGUUUCCCACCAGGAGUGUCAGCAGCCCCACUACUAUGGUUCCGAAGUUACCUACAAAAUGCUGUGUGCUGCUGACCCCCAAUGGCAAACAGAUUCCUGCCAGGGAGACUCAGGUGGACCCCUGGUCUGCUCCACUGGAGGCCGCCUCACGCUGACAGGGAUUGUGAGCUGGGGCCGUGGAUGUGCCCUGAAGGACAAGCCAGGUGUCUACACCAGGGUCUCACGAUUCCUGCCUUGGAUUCGCUCUCACAUAGAGGAAGAGGAGAAUGGUCUAAACCUCUGA